AAUUGACUACAGUCAAGAAGCGCUGAUGUUGGAAAAUGGCGAAUAUUUUAAAAACAUGCACUUAUGGAAAACUUUUACCAAGUUAUAAUUGUCUUAAAUUGUUGUCAAGGACGCUGAACAGUUCAUCUAGCAGUGUAGUCGAGGAGGAUAAGUGUUUCGGCAAAAUGUUUAAAGAAACUGCAUUUGCCAAACUAGGACGGCCCUAUGGAAAGAUUGUGGACGGCAAAAUUAUACAUAUUGUAAAAGAUGAUUUGUACAUCGAUUUUGGUUGGAAAUUUCACGCUGUAGUAAAGCGUCCAUCUAAUAAAUCUUAUAGACGGACCUACGAAGUUGGUGAUGCUGUUGAAGUAAAGAUUAAUGACCUUGAAUUAACAGGACAUUUUCUUGGACAGUAUAAGAGAAUAACUUUAUGCGAAGCUGAUGUGUGUUUACACAAUGAGAGUUAGAGUAUAAAGAAUAUCAAGCAUUUUGGAAUUUAUUCGUAAAUUAUACUUUUCAUAUUUUUCUUUAAUUAACGAACGUUUAAGAUCCACAGAAUUAUGUGUUUACGCAAGAAACGUGAUACGGAAUUGAAAUUUUCGUCCUAAAGAUUUUCACGGCUCUUUUUUCUUUCAAUUCAUUUCAAGGGCUAAGGAAAUUACACUCCUUCUUUUCUGGUUAUUUGAGCUUAAAAAUGUAAAAUAGUGGUUCUGAAAUUCACUUUAUAACCAUA